AUGUUUGGAUCAAUUCUUGCUGCUGCGGCUCUCUUUGGACUGGCUGUAGGCCAGAAGAUUACUCUUCAAGCCGAGGAUGCUACGCUCUCUGGUACCACGGUUGGCUCUUCCGUCGCGGGAUUUACAGGAACUGGAUAUGUAGAAGGCUUCUCGGAUGCCACGGACAAAGUCACUUUCAACAUCACCAGUCAAACCGGGGGUCUGCACGACCUCGAGUUGAUCUACAACGGACCCUACGGCGACAAGUUCACCAACAUUGUCUUCAACAAUGCAGGCGGCAGCCAAGUCAGUCUCCCCGCGACCACGAAAUGGACAACGGUACCGGCCGGCCAGGUGCUGCUCAAAGCAGGCAUAAACACAGUUGAGAUCCAGAGUAACUGGGGUUGGUACCUCAUCGACGCCAUCACGCUUACGCCCACUGCCCAGCGACCUCCCCACAACAUCACCACAACGCCCGUAAACCCCAAAGCAAACGCCGACGCCAAAGCGCUGCUCAAAUACCUCGUCAGCAUCUACGGCAAGAAAAUACUCUCAGGCCAACAAGACCAAGCAUCUUUCGACUGGGUAACCACCAACGUCGGCAAGACACCCGCCGUCCUCGGCCUCGACCUAAUGGACUACACCGACUCACGCACCUCUCGCGGCGCCUCGUCCAAAGACAUUGACCACGCCCUCGCCUUUGCCAAAAAGGGCGGCAUCGUAACCUUUGUCUGGCACUGGGGCGCCCCGACCGGCCUCUACGACACAACCGAGCAACCAUGGUGGUCGGGCUUCUACACACGCGCGACCGAUUUCGACCUAUCCAGCGCGCUAGCCGACACCAACAACGCCAACUACACGCUGCUCAUGCACGACAUCGAUACGGUGGCUUUGCAGCUCAAGAAGCUGCAAAGCGCGGGCAUCCCCGUGCUCUUCCGCCCGCUGCACGAAGCCGAAGGCGCAUGGUUCUGGUGGGGCGCCCGGGGCGCUGCGCCCGCAAAGAAGCUCUACCGCAUCCUGUACGAGCGGCUGACCAACGUGCACAACCUGCACAAUCUGCUCUGGGUCUGGAAUUCCGUCGCUCCAGACUGGUACCCCGGCGACGACGUCGUCGAUAUCGUGUCGGCGGAUACGUAUGCCCAGGGCGACCACGGGCCCCAGUCGGCCACGUACAAUGCCCUGCUGAAGCUGGGCGAGCGCCAGAAGAUUGUCGCCGCGACAGAGGUUGGGAGUGUCAUGGAGCCGGCGGAUUUGCAGGCGUAUCGUGCGGAUUGGGCCUGGUUUGUCGUUUGGGGGGGUGAGUAUAUUAGUGGUGGGGCGUGGAAUAGUGUCGAGUUGUUGAAGAGGAUUUAUAGUGAUGCCUAUGUUUUGACGUUGGAUGAGAUUCAGGGGUGGAGGAAACAAGUAAGGUAGAUUGGGAGUGUCUGUUCUCUUUUUUUGGGGGUGGGGAUUUAUAUGUUAUGUUAGAUUGAUGGUGGUUGGUGGUGAUGGAAGGUUGUGGUUGGAAAUGGGAGGAAUAUGGGCGGAGAGCGCUAGACUAGAUGAGGAAGGAAAUACCUUUUUACAUGUU